CGACGUCGCAGGUGAAGACAUUUGCGAUGCCCUCGAGCCCUCGGCGGUACUCUACUGCCUCGAAUACAUUAUCUCUGUCUUGUCGGCACCUUGAAUGUUCGUCCAAACGCGCAACAUUCCAUUCACAACGUGCCAUCGGCCUUCCAUGCCUCCCUUCAUCGCUGGUCCCGAUUUAUCGAUUUCCUGUCCGUUCUAUAAGGACAUGCACAACUAGUAGGUGUGCCCCUUCACGCUUAUUCUCGGGUUCACAGUAGACAGCCGUAUCUGCCUUGUAGAGCACCAAUGGCAAAGCAACAAGCACUGUUUAUCGAGACUAAGCAAGGUCCUUUCGUCGUAGACCAACGAGAUAUCCCUACUCCGGGGCCUGGCGAAGUCCUUAUCAAAGAGUACGCCACUGCUCUCAAUCCUGUAGACUGGAAGAUACAGGAGCACGUUCUUUGGGUCCAAGACUACCCCGCCAUCGUUGGUCACGAAGGAGCAGGUGUCGUCGAAGCUAUCGGAGAGGGGGUCACUCGUUUCGCCAAAGGAGACAGAGUUUUUCACCCAGCUCUCGCAGGCAGUGACUAUGCCUCAUUCCAACAAUAUGUUCUCUGUCCAUCUAGCAUCAUUGCUAAAAUCCCCGAGAAGCUAUCUUUCGAGCAAGCUGCAUCUAUUACCGUCGGACUGUCCACUUCAUCCGUCCCACUUUACCAACCGCCGCCCCUUGGCCUGGGGUACCAGCCGCUGUGGGAGGGCGGCCGAGGGAAGUAUCAAGGCCUACCUAUCCUAAUCAUAGGAGGGUCCACCUCAGUGGGGCAAUAUGCCAUUCAGCUAGUCAAGCUUUCUGGCUUCCAUCCAAUUAUAACGACUGCGUCACUUCAUAAUCGCAAACAUCUCGAAUCACUCGGAGCUUCGCACGUGCUUGACCGUAAGGCAUCGUUAGAUACCCUUGCAGCCGAAAUCAAGAACAUCACGAAUAUACCGCUCGACGUCGUCUUUGACACGUUUGCGUCACCGGAAACGCAGAAAGCGGGAUACGACCUCUUGUCUCCCGAGGGGUGCCUUGUACGUGUGCAGCCGCAGGCAUUCGAGCCAGAUGAAGGGAGCAAGAAGCGGAUCUUGGGUGUCGUCGGCACCGUUUAUGAGAAUGAGAAUAGAGAGUAUGGAGAAAAGCUAUUCUCGAACGUUACCCAGAUGCUUGUGGAUGGUGAUAUUAUGCCCAACGACGUCGAGAUCCUCUCUGGUGGUCUUCAUGGCGUGGCAGCUGGCCUACAGAUGAUGAAAGACGGUCUUGUCAGCGCCAAAAAACUGGUUGCUCGUCCAAAUGAAUAGACAUGAGAACAGGAACACUGCAGGAAGGACAUUGCAUACCCGGUUUGAUCCUGUGUCAGCAGACAUCCCUUGUACCAUACUACUUAUUCCCAACCGUGAAGUUAUGCCAACAGUACAAUUCGG